UGGUACUCAAACCCAGCCUUGUAUCAACUGAUGACACAGGACUGGAGAUAGGGAGGUGGGAGAAGAAUCAUUGGAAGAGGAGGGAGUGAGCGACUGGGAAAAUAGGGAGUUGGCUUAGAAAAAGGGAGGGUCUGAGAGACAGAAGCUAGCAAAUAAUUUAGUAGAGAGAUGGCUGAUGUGAGCGAGGUUUUGAUGUCGGUUCUGUCCACUAUUCGGGUUCCGAGGCCCGGAGAUCGUGUCCACAAAGACGAAUGCGCCUUCUCUUUUGCAAACCCGGAGGCAGAAGGUGGUCUAUAUGUGUGUAUGAACAGUUUCCUUGGCUUUGGUGCUCAGUAUGUGGAAAGACAUCACAAUAAGACUGGCCAGCGGGCGUAUCUGCACAUCAAGCGCACUCGUAAAGCACAGACAGAUGAGGACACAAAUUCUGACUCACCAAAAAAGAAGCCGACACGGUUGGCUAUUGGGAUAGAAGGAGGAUUUGAUGUAGAGCAGGAGCAGUAUGAGGAAGAAGUCAAGGUUGUCCUCUUUCCCGACAAACAGGAAGUGACUUUGGAGGACCUGACGACCAUGCCCGAUGUUGUGAGAGAGCGGGUGUCCCUGUCCAUGGCGGGGCUGAUGUCGGCAGACUCGGUGGGCCACGCCCUGCAGGUGCAGCAGUGGGAUGGCGAGGUGCGGCAGGAGUCCCGGCACGCGGCCGCGCUGAGCCAGCUGGACAACGGCGUCAAGAUCCCUCCCAGUGGGUGGAAGUGUGAUAUGUGUGGCUUGGAGGAAAACCUGUGGAUGAAUCUCUCAGAUGGGAAGGUGCUCUGUGGGCGCAGAUACUUUGAUGGCACUGGGGGCAACAAUCACGCUCUCCUGCACUUCCAGCAGACUGGAUACCCCCUAGCCGUAAAACUGGGUACUAUUACCCCCGAUGGAGCAGAUGUGUACUCUUAUGAGGAAGAUGACAUGGUUCUGGACUCGAAGUUACCAGAACACCUGGCUCACUUCGGCAUUGAUAUGAUGACCAUGGAGAAGACAGAGAGCACGAUGGCGGAGCUGGAGAUCGCGGCAAACCGGCGCGUGGGGGAGUGGGAGGUGAUCCAGGAGUCGGGGGCCAUGCUGCAGCCCCUGACGGGCCCCGGCCUCACCGGGAUGAGGAACCUGGGGAACAGCUGCUACCUCAACUCGGUCAUGCAAGUGCUCUUCACCGUGCCAGACUUCCAGCGCAAGUAUGUCUCCAACAUCGAAAAGAUUUUUGCCAACGCUCCAAGCGAUCCCACACAGGACUUCAAAACGCAAGUGGCAAAGUUGGGCCACGCUUUGUUGUCAGGAGAAUAUUCUAAACCUACCUGUGACUCUGAAGAUGACCCCAGUGGUUAUCAGGUCGGCAUAGCGCCACGAAUGUUCAAAGCAUUAAUUGGUCGAGGACACCCUGAGUUCUCCACCAAUCGGCAGCAAGAUGCUCAGGAGUUUUUUCUGCACUUCAUUAACAUGGUGGAGCGGAAUUGUCGUUAUGGGGAAAAUCCCUCGGAGGCCUUUCGCUUCCUGGUGGAGGAAAGGAUCGUGUGUCAGCAGUCAAACAGAGUCAAGUACACACAGAGGGUGGACUACAUCAUGCAGUUACCUGUGCCAAUGGAACAAGCCACCAAUGCAGAUGAGCUGCAGGAGGCGGAGCAAAUGCGUGUGGAGGCGGAGGCUGCUGGCGUGCCCCCGCCUCCCGCCCCCAGGGCUUCUAUUCCAUUUGAAGCCUGUCUGGCUGCCCUGAGUGAACCCGAGACUCUGAUGGACUUCUGGAGCUCAGCUGUCCAGGCUAAGACCACUGCCAGCAAAACAACCCACCUUGCCUCCUUCCCGGAUUAUCUCGUCAUCCAGAUCAAGAAGUUCACCUUUGGCCUGGAUUGGAUACCUAAGAAGCUUGAUGUGAGUAUUGAUGUGCCUGAAACACUGGAUCUGAGUUCGCUCAGAGGGACGGGGCUACAGCCAGGGGAGGAGGUGCUUCCGGAGGUGGCCCCGCCUCCUCUCAUGACCCCCGACGUGGAGGUCAAAGGUAUCCUGGGCUCCCACGGCAACGAGGAUGACGACUCGCUCUACUCCCCACUGCUGUCCCCUGUAAUGGACGACUCCAUAGUGUCCCAGCUGUGUGAGAUGGGCUUCCCCCUGGAGGCCUGCAGAAAGGCAGUCUACUGCACUGGGAACACUGGGAUCGAUGCAGCCAUGAACUGGGUGAUGGGUCACAUGGAUGACCCAGACUUCUCCGCCCCCAUGGUGUUGCCGUGCGGCAGCUCGGCGCCGGGGUCCACGCCCACCGAAACGAUAUCCGAGGAUCACUUGGCAACCAUCGUCUCCAUGGGUUUUGGCCGAGAUCAGGCCACGCGAGCACUGCGGGCCGCGAGCAAUGUUCUGGAGCGGGCCGUGGACUGGAUCUUCUCCCACCUGGACGACCUGGAGUCCAUGGAUGUGUCGGAGGGGGGGCGUUCCGCCGCGGAGAGCGAGGGCGGCAGGGAGCCCCCCCCUGGACCCCGCGUGAGGGACGGAGAUGGAAAGUAUGAGCUGUUUGCCUUCAUCAGUCACAUGGGAACAAGUACCAUGUGUGGUCACUACGUCUGCCACAUCAAGAAGGACCAGCAGUGGGUGAUCUUCAAUGACCAGAAGGUAUGUGCCUCUGAGAAGCCCCCCAUGGACCUGGGAUACCUGUACUUCUAUCAGAGAGUGGUUGAGUGAGAGAGAGGAGAGAGAGAUACCUGUACUUCUACAGGAGAGUGGCUGAGUGAGAGAGAGGGGAGAGAGAUACCUGUACUUGUACAGGAGAUUGGGUGAGUGAGAGAGAUACCUGUACUUCUACCAGAGAGUGGUUGAGUGAGAGAGAGGAGAGAGAGAUACCUGUACUUCUACAGGAGAGUGGCUGAGUGAGAGAGAGGGGAGAGAGAUACCUGUACUUGUACAGGAGAUUGGGUGAGUGAGAGAGAUACCUGUACUUCUACAGAGUUACUGAGAUACCUGUAGUUCAACAGGAACAUGACAAAGUGAGAGAGUGAGAGAUAUACCUGUACCUUUAUAUCAGAAUGACUGAGAGAAACCUAUCCCUGUGGGAGAGUACCUCACUAAAUGACAAAUACCAUCUAUAGGAGUGACUGAAUGCAAGAGAGGGGGGCGAGAGACUGGUACUCUCAUUUAGUUUGAGAGAGAGGUUAGAGGUACCUGUACCUCUACGGAAGAGUGACAGUGUGAGUUAGAGGACUGAGAGGGACCUGUGCUUCUGUUGUAAUGAAUGAGCAAGAGAGAGGGGUUGUGACAGAAGAGAAGCUCUGAGGCAGAAAGGAAGGAAGGGAUGCAAAUGGAACAGAUCUAAUCGUACGACUGGCACACACACAAGCGAGUGGCAGGUUAGAGGGAGGGAUGGAUGGACAGUAGGAGGUGUCCACCCUUUGUCACACCUCACUGACAUGCCUCUCUCAUGCCUCUAUCUCUUGUCUCUAUUGCCCCCCCCCCCCUCCUUCCCAAAACUCAUCAGCUCUCCAAACUCAACCUCUCUGUUCCUCUCCCCCCUGGGCAGCAGCUUUUGUGUUGUGUUAUAGCUGCUUCAGCCAAUUAAGUUCCUGCUCUCCCCUAUGAGAUAUAUAUUUAAAAAACCACUGACCAGAAAAAUUAAAAAUGAAAACUGAAUCCACUGUACACACUGUACAUGCACACUUCAGACAAAGCAGUGCUGCUUCUUCUGGCAAAUGUGGUAUGAAAGAGUGAUAACAAUGAGAAAGAGUGCGUUGCUGUGUCCCCCAUGCUGUGAAAAAUAAAAAUGUAUCUCUUCCUUGAAUG